GCGUGCCUUCCCAUUGGCUGUAGCGGGCCGGAGCCGGCGACAGGACAAAGUUACAAGAUGGCGGCGGGAGGAGCUCCGCGGCGGGUCUUUGAGCUUUUCGUGGCUCGCGUGCCCUGGACUGCUUCGGCGAAUGAAGUAAGAGAAUAUUUUAGCCAGUUUGGUACUGUGAGAAAAUGCAUCCUGCCAUUUGAAAGAGAAACAGGUUUCCACAAAGGCAUUUCUUGGGUUGGAUUUUCUUCAGAGGAAAGCCUAAGGAAUGCUUUGCAGAAAGAAAGUCAUAUACUGGAGGGAGUUAAGAUUGAUGUUCAACUGCAAAAAAGGAAAGAUUUUCAACGGCAACAGUCUGACAGAAGGAUUACUGACAACAGUUGAAGGAAGGAGACUUUAUUUCACUGCCAUGUAAUGAACAUAAAGUAAACUUAUGAAUAAGUAUUAAUCUCAAA